UAUUGGUGAGUGCGGCGUAAAAAAAACAGACCAAACUAAUGGGUAGGUCAUUGCUCAUAACUUCAGUCACUGUUAGUCUGUUUACAGGCCGCCAUCUGUAGCAUCUCAACAUGGGUGCCCCACCUCAUUGCAUGGCAUCCUGAAAGUGAUGUCUAAUUUCGGUUUAAAUAUCACUUUCAAGGAUGAACAUGUGGACAUGUCGAUUAGUCAAGUGCAGUUUAGCUGCACCAUCAGCCACAGCAACGAACAAACGAUGAUGCCCUAUUGGUCAGCUAUACAUUUAAAUUUCCUACAUACCAAAAAUGUAUGGAUGAUCAGUUGCUUCAUCUGGAAGCAUGAAACGUUUUUGACAUAUGUCAAGAACGUUGGGCUGAAUACAUAUGUUCCGUUUUUAAACUUUCUCAUUUUGCCAAUUCUCUAAAAUAUUCUGCAGAUUCUUUGUUUGAUUUAGAGACAUCCUAUGAAACUGUCCAUCUGAGGACGCUGCACUUUGAUGUCAGUCUUAUUUGUCCAGUCGUUUCUGAGUCGAAAGAUGUCUACAGACGAAAAAGACGGACAUGAGUAAGGUCAGCUAAAUAUGAAAAACAACGGCAUGUGUUCUGUUUUGGUUGAACCCUUCAACAACAAUGUGUUUCGUUUGUGUUGCUUUUGAAUGUGUUCAGAAUUAAGCACACAUUCUUAAGUGAAACUUCUCACGAGAGAAAAGGAUAACAUUGUCUUUCAGUGCAUUAAUUCUUUGUACACUGACGUUGUUGUGUGGAACACUAUUCAGAUUACGAUCGGUAUUGCACGUAUAUAGUUUGAGAUAACGCAUGACCUGACUUCAUACUUCGGAGGUAUUUGGCAAUAAUGAUCAGUAUUUUUAUUCUUGGGGCCAUUUCUGUGGCUUCUGGGUUUGAAAUAGGAAAACCAGCUUCAAACUUCGUUAUGCCUUCAUUCUAUUCACCUGGUGGAAUCGACUCUAACAAAGAAGUUUCCGAGGUCAAGUCAGACCUUGCUUCUGUGAAAUCCCGACAAAAAGAAACCGAUGAGAAGUUUGACAAGCUCCUUGAGCAGAUGCAAAGUAUAAAAUCCGGUACCAAGGGAGAGGAAGGGAAAGUGGAGGCGGUCCAAAAAACAGUCGACAAGCUCAUGGAGAAAAUACAUCACAUGGAAGGAAAUAGUGGAGGAAAAGCAGUCUCAGAGAUGAAGUCAGAGCUGACGUCCUUUGGGUUGCGACAAAAAGAUACCGAGACAAAACUUCAAGACAUCUCCUCUAAGGUUGACAGAGCCAUGAAGGCUCUGAAAAUAGACGUUAGCAAUCUGGCUUUGAGGAAACCAGCAUACGGAAGCAGAGACUUGGACCAGUAUUCCAAUCCUAACCAUGUGGUUGAUGGUGACAAGCGCGGCAUACGCAUAAGAGAUCAAUGUUUUACCUCCGCUGAAUCGAGACCUUGGUGGAUGGUUGACUUGCAGGAUAUCUAUGAUAUCUAUAACGUCACCCUUUACAGACGGACGGACGGUUACGCUUCCAGAUUCCGUGACCUGGAAAUCCUAGUUUCUAAAGACAACCCCAUGGAGAACAACAGUUCUCAGCCGAUGACAUGUGCACAAAAGAAAGGACAAUUAUCAAGACCUGAAGUUCUGACCUGCAAACCUUCGACAACGGGUCGAUUUGUGUUGUUGCAGUACAUACCACCAAACAAAGAAAUUCUCACAGUCUGCGAAGUUGAGGUUCGUGGAAAACUCUCCAAAGGUUAACUACCAAGCUGUGGCGACAUUCAAGAAAGUGUCACAUAAUCUGAUGUAAUAAAAAGUCUAUUGAG